AUGCAACUGCUGGCCGCCGUAUGUGUUUUCACUGCCGGGUGCCUUGCCGAAACGGAAAGGCUAAAUGACAACUCUACAGUACCAGUAAAUAGCACAGUAGAGUAUACUGAAGAGAAUCAAUCGACAGCGGGAAAUAAAGUAGAAGAUAUUGUUAAACAGCAGAGGAGAGCUCCGAGAUUUGAUUCUGCAAACCCCAGUCCUUGGGUUCGUGUAUACAACAAACCUCCAGGUGCUAAAGCUGAUACAUAUUUUAACUACGAAACCAGGGGCAAUACCAGCGCUCACACUAGUGGCGAGAUCUGGGAAUCUUUCCCUGAAAAUGCUAUUUAUGACAGUCUGCAAACGAUUGAUAGAGGAGAUGUGGACAACCAGCCCAUAAAAGACAUCCUCCGAGUAAAGCCAAACAAAGAAAAUGUCGCAAGUGCUCCUUCUGCAAACAGUCCAACCGCGAAAUCUCAGGCAGACCCACCAAAAACAGCAGGAAAAGUUACGAAUUCUCCAAAUACAGCAAAUGAUGCAGAAAAGAGAGGGUACUUAGUGUGGCCUAAAGGUGAUAAACCUUCUGCAGCUUGGAAUCCGAGUGAUAUAAUCGCAACUGACCAAAAACAAGCAGAUCCAGCGAUUGAAGACAUAAUGCCCAAAGAUGGCAGUCGUUGGAAAGUGAUUGGCGAUGGAGGACAGGAAGGAUGGCAGGUUGUGGACGAUAAAGGAGAUGUGGAAUGGAAAAUCGAAUAUGAUCAAGGUGAGUGGCGAGUAACUAGCGCGGGUGAUGCUCCUGCUGACGUGGAAUGGGCUGAUCCAGAUUACUUGUGGGAACCAGCCGAUGGAUCUUUAUCAGAAGAGGAUGACUACAGUUGGCCAGUGGAUGAUUAUGCAUACGUUUCACCUUGGGCUGAUCCUGGACAGUAUGUGAGAGGUUCUGGUAACUAUUCUUGGCCUACAGCUGGAGAUGGGAAUCUAACUGGAGAACAUGUUAAAGCAUCUGGAAUCCAAGUGCAGCCAAUUAACACAGAAUGGCGAAUCGGAAAUCCCACCGGCAACACGAACAUCGAAAAGACGGAAAGAAUACAAUUUGGAACCAGACACAGAACACAAUCUAAUGACAACAUAAGAUCAAAUCCAGCUGAAGAUAGAACAGAUAAAACUGAAAACUCAGACAAAUUAGAUCAUACUGACAUUUCGCCAGAAAAUAAACCUCAAGCUGAUGAAGUAAGAACGGACGCUAAAUCUUGGAAUCCGAAAGCAGUUGCUGUCAAAAAUGGACCUGAAUGGGUUCAAGGAUACGGCAGUAAGACGUGGGAAGGGGACAAUACUGGAUGGAAUGUAGCUUACGGUGGUGACACCUGGCUUGCUGCAAACAAAGAUCUGAGCUCAGGACAAUGGGUUCCGAAAGCAGUGGCAGGCAAAUCCAAAAACAGCACAAAAACUUCCAUUAAUGUGACUUUGUGCACAAAUUCAAACCUUGAAAAUCCGAUUCGAGCUUGGGGCACAGGCUAUGGAAGCGAAACAUGGAAAGGAAAUGAAUGGAAUAGCAAUGUUGUUUGGAAUACAGGAUUUGGAGGUGCGUUGCCUUGGAGUGCGGACAACGUAACAUGGACAUUCCCUAAUAAUCAGAAUGAAUAUGGGUACGAAGGCGAAAACAAGAAACCCGUUACAUGGUCUCAGCCUCUACCUAACAGCAAUGCCAACUUGAAUGAGACUCCAGGCUCGACUCUCAAAGUGGAUGGUGUACGAAUCAAGUGGCCUUCAAGACCUAUAAGUGGUACUGUUAAGAAAUCUCCUCCAAACAGAAGAACUGAAGGAGAAAGUUGGGGAGAUGAUUCCAGUUCUGGAGGAGUUGUGUGGAAAGUCCAGAAAGCAAGUGAUACACCAUCUAAUGUACCGACAGGUAAUAAACAAGAUUUGUGGAAAAGUGGUGGUGAUUGGAAAGCUGGGGCACAGGAUCAAGAUGGAAAAGCAGCACCUGUCCCACCAAAAACAAGUGCUCCUCCAAAAAGCAGUAAUCUGUUAAGUGUUGCAUGGAAAACAACAGGAGAUCCACCAGUUGAUGCCGUUCCAGUAGUAAGGGCACCAUGGAAUCAAGUUCAGUGGCCAAAUCGCGAUUCCAGUAAUGGACCAACAUGGACUUUUGGAGGUUGUAAAAUGACCAUCAAAUGUGGCGUUCCUGAAAGCGAUGAUGCUGAUGAUAGUCCAGAGCAAAAUAUUUCUGACGACAGCGACUCUUCUAUGCCACCCACAGAUGCUCCACCAGUGAUUUCUCCGAAAGGAUGGCCAAAGAAGCAGAAUAAGGAAAAAAGUUGGAUACCCCCGCCAAAAAGUUGGUUUCCACCAAGUUGGAAGAAAUCAACACCAGCUCCAACAACCAUGACGUGGCCACCAACGACACCUCCUGUUAUGACAACUAAAGCUUUGCCAACACCAUCUCCAACGAUACUUUGGAAACCUCCUCCAGCACCAGUAGGUAAAAGUUGGAAGCCGCCAACAAACUUAAAAUGGAAACAGCCUCCGCCUAAUAUAAAAUGGAAACAACCAGUUCCACCGACAACGAUAAUGAUGACAGAAACAACGUCACCACCACCACCUAGUAUGAGCUGGAAACCACCACAAUCUCCUCAAAUGAGAUGGAAAAAGCCUGGAUCGAAAAAAUCGAAGAGCUGGAGACCACCACCAACGAAAAGCUGGAAACCUCCAACCUCAACAUCAAAAACUUGGCAACCAUCUAUAGCCACACCGGUACCAGACACGUGGCCUACAACUAAACCUGACUGCAAGGACAAGACUGACACCACUCAACCUCCUCCAACACCAACUAUCGAGGAAGAAGAUAUGUUAGAACCACCUCAAAUCAUCAUAAUAACGAAACUCCCUAGUAAUGCCAAAAUAGCUGUUCCACCAAAAAGCCCUGAAGUGUCAAAAGAGGACAAAAAUAAGGCAUCUUCACCACCACCGCCAGGGAAAUGGAUUUUUCCACCACGAAAAGGCUGUGUAGCAAUAGCCAAAAGUGUUGAAGUGGAUACAUGUAAAUAA